CCAAAUAAACUACCUUCACUACAUCAAGUGAAUAAUUACUUCUAUAUAAAUGGGGUUUAAGCGAUCUUCAGUUUACACAACUCACUAGCCGCUUCUAGCUAACUAUGGCAUCUCUUGUAGAGAAGCAACUCCUUAAGUCCCUUUUCUCAUUCUUACUGCUAGUUAUACUCUUUUCCGAUACUGUUUUUUCGUCCCGCAAAACAUUUGAUCAGAGAAAGCCCUGCAAACAUUUCUCCUUCUACUUUCAUGACAUCCUCUACGAUGGUGACAAUGUAGCAAACGCAACCUCAGCCGCCAUCGUGAGCCCUCCAGGAUUAGGAAACUUCAAGUUCGGUAAGUUUGUGAUCUUUGAUGGCCCUAUAACAAUGGACAAGAACUAUCUCUCAGAACCCCUGGCUCGCGCACAAGGCUUCUAUUUCUAUGACAUGAAAAUGGACUUCAACGCGUGGUUUUGCUACACCUUGGUGUUUAACUCCACGCAACACAAAGGGACAUUGAACAUAAUGGGUGCAGAUUUGAUGAUGGAGCCGACAAGAGAUCUAUCGGUCGUCGGUGGGACCGGUGAUUUCUUCAUGGCUCGUGGGAUCGCUACCUUCGUAACAGAUAUAUUUCAAGGGGCUAAGUAUUUCCGUGUUAAGAUGGAUGUUAAACUCUAUGAAUGCUAGUAACUGAUUAUAUGUGUUUUGCUUGUUAAAGUUUGUGUGUUGGUUGACAGUACACAGAGAUAAAAUGUGUUACUAAGAAUAAAUUAUGUUUCUUUUGUUUUUGUUUUAAA